AUGGCCUCAUCUGGGUCUGCCAAGGAUCUCACCAAGGCUCUCACUAGCUUCAUCCAGACACCAAACCUACCUCUCCCCGAUGAGCUCACCACUUUGAUCAGCAAUUAUCUGGAUCGGCACGAGCACGCCGAAGAUGGAGCUGCAGACCGGUUGAACGAGGAGCUUCUCGCCAUCUACACCAAGAACGUCGAGGACCAGCCCGAAAAAUAUGCCGCCUUUCUUGCGAUUCUACGGGAACUUCGUCCCGCCAUGAAGACGCCUGCCAGGAUCUUCGAGUGGUGGGAUAGACUUCUUGACCCCGUCUUGGAAUAUGUCGGACAAGAAAAGGGCUUGGCUCGUGAAGUUGCCUCGAACACAUUGGACCUGCUCAUGAUUGACCAGUUCGAUGGAUCGUCAAACUCGUCUGAGGCUAGCCUUGCUCCCUUCACUGAACGUCUGCUGAGUAGAUGGAUGGACGCCCGUGCAAGCCAGAUAAACUGUGCUCCGAUGGCGGACUUCAAGGACCGUAUGGUGAAGAAGGCUUUAAUGGCCUUCGGAAAGAAGGAUCCCAAGGGCUUCAUGACUUGCUUGGACCGGUAUUUCGUCAAGAGAGAAUAUCGUAACUUUGCAUUGAGCUUGCUAUGCGAUUUCGUUCAGAGCCAACCUCCACACCUUCAUGUUGUUCUACAAACACCACUAUUCAACAACAUUCUGAACUCUUUACAAAAAGACGAGUCGACAGCCACUGUCACCAUGGCUCUGGUGGCGUUAAUCAUGCUCCUGCCUUACAUACCCAGCUCGCUCGUACCGCUCUUAUCUAAACUGUUUAACAUUUACGCUAGACUUCUAUUCUGGGAUAGGGAUAGCUAUUUUGCGCAAGAGCACACCGAAAUCGGCCCGGAAGGCGGAUCUAGUGAAGUUACCUGGGAGAGAGUGCUUCUUGAUCCAGAUCAUGACGGAAGCUCGAUCCCCUACCUAUCAGGGUAUUUUACUGUUCUGUACGGCUUAUAUCCCAUUAAUUUUCUCGACUACAUCCGCAAGCCACAGAGAUACUUGCGUCAUGCGAACAACGACGACGAUAUCGAUGUCCAGGCCAUGGAAAUCCGGGACAGGUCCGAGAGAUUCAGAAAACAACACCUUUUGCAUCCGAACUUCUACAACCUGACAAUUGACUCGGAGAAGACGGAUAUGAGCCGAUGGCUUAACAGCGAGGCAGAUGAAGUUCUUGCUGAGUGUAUGGCUCUUUCCUUAGAGUCUAAACACAACUCUCCCGAUGCUCGCAAUACCACGCCACUACCCGUGGGCUUGGAUCAAGUAGCUGGAGAAGAACUUGGGGAAGACGACAUGGAGGCCAUCCUCAAUGGGUCGUUGGACCGUGGAGGUGUUUCAUCGGGGGUUGAGUCCACGCCCAGCAUAGUGCGCUCACAAGUUGAACCAUCUAGAGAACCUUCUUUGCAUGGUCCGAUUAUCGACGCUGCAAGUCAGCAAGCUGAUAGCACAAAUCAUUUGUCUGAUCAGGUUUCCCUUGGUGGCCAGGAAGUUGCUGAGAGUCCUGUCCUCUCACCUCAUCAACUGCAGUCGGCUCCACACACGCAACUCCAUGAUAGGCCUGUCACGUAUAAGGCCAGCAUAUCUGGGCUUCGUCAGUCACUAGCAAAUGCCAGUGUACCCUCGCUAGCCCUCGGAACCCAGGAGGUUGUAGAGGAUAAAAGCCAAGGGCAGGUUGAGACAUCGUCUGAUUCUCUCAACCAACCACUGCCCGCUGGUGAAGCAAACAAUUAUGUCUCGCUUCUCUACCACCAGAAUCUGUUACUUCUCAAUGAUUUGCAGUUUGAGCGAUAUAUCAAGCAGCAACACAUGAUACAUAUGGGGGAACUGCGUCGUAAACAAGUCAGAGAAGCUGCCACCGAAGCUGAGACGCAGAAUCUUGUCAUGGCAAACCGAAGUCUGAGACAAAGGCUUGACGAAGCCAAACGAGGCGAAGCACAAGUGAAGAAGGAGUUUGACCACCGCAGAAGCAUUGCUAAGAAGUGGGAGAGUGAUCUCUCGACCAAGUUACGGGCGUUGCGCGAGGAACAGAAGAAGUGGGCAGCGGAAAAGCUCGCCUUGACACACCAGCUUGAAGAGUGCCAGAGAGAGUGCGAGCGACUGCGUAGCGCUGCUGACUUGGCCGAGAAAACAAUGCUGCAGUACAAGCAGAGCAACGAGGCAAUUGACAUUAGCACAGAAGAGAUCGACAGGCUAAAGGGUGAAGUAGCGCGUCUCACCGAAUCAGAGCGUGCAUACCACGGCAAGGAAUUGAAAAUGCAACAAGCGAUAGAGAGCGCUACCUUAGCCGAAGCUCGGGCAGAGCAGUUGUCACAGCAAGUUACCGCACACGAGCUGCAAAUCGAGAGAGUGAGGAAGCACUACGAAUCGCGGAUUGCAGACCUCAGUGAUCAGUUGGCCAAGGUUGUCAAGGAGAGUCAAAGCAGGAACGUCGACAAUGUGGUGGCCGUAUUCGAAUCCGCUCUCGCUACAAGCAGAGCGAAGCAGAUGGAGCUACAGAGAGAAUGCGAUGUAAUGAAGCGAAAAUGUACCGAGUUGGAGGGGUCUCUUCUGGAUCUCAGGUCUACGAAUGAAGAGCUGUCCAGCAAAAUCCUUGCCAACGAGAGUCAAUCGGCUCUGUUAUAUGACGGGUCGGAAGCAAUGACGCCUAGAUCAGGCAGUCCGAUUAUAUCUCGAACGGUAAAUCGAGGAUUCUCUGACACAGAUAGUGUCGAAGGUAUCUUCCGAAGUGCUACCCCCUCGUUGAUACCAGCAACAAGACAAAGCUCUGUUUCUUCACCAACUUCGAUACGCCGUCCAGGAACUCCUCCUGGAGCUGGAAUGAGCGGUGAUACGUCUAGUCGCUCGUCUCAAAGAACCAGUCCAGUUGUCGAAAGGCACCAUGGAAAGGGGGUACUUGCGAACGCUCUCAAGAAGGAGCGCAAGGACAAGAAAGAAGAUAAGCAUGAGAAGAAAAAGUCGAGUCUUCCUGCCUUCAAGGGGAUGAGGGGCUUUGUGUGAGUGUCACGACAGCAAUGCUGGAGUUUGGAACAUAAUUGGGAAAGUUGGCACACAGUAACAACAUGACCUUAAAACAAUAUUGUUGUUUGCCUGCUAUGGCCCAACUACUACAGUAUACCCUUGGCUUGAAUUGACUGAAGUCUUUAAG